AUGAGUGGUGCGCGUGACAUCGAAUUGGGGGCUAAUACAAACGAGCUGGUCACCGAGUUGCUAUGGGAUAUCAUAUACCUCACAGAGCACCAGUUCCUGCUGCCAUACUACCACGGUGAACACAAGAAGUUUCAAAAGAAGCUGGUGAAACGGGUAGGAAAUCACUUGAACAGCCUGGUUAACAACUCAGCUUCAAAACCAACAGGCUCGAUGACUGUGAAUGUACGACAUGUAUGGAGAAAUGUGGGCGAUAGAUAUACGCUGCUCUAUUUACCACUUUACUUCAAAGAACUCAUAUGGUGUAAAGCCAAUGGUUCGAUAUUCCACGUGAUAAUACCGCAUACAAAGGAACAUGUAAUACAUGAGCACAAGGAAUGGUUACUCGCCAUACUGGAGAUGGCUGGGUACUGGAACUUAUCACACGUAAGGUUAUACUUACCUAGAGACGACCUCACGAAUAUACAAACGUUACUGAAAAAUCUACACUGGAUAGGUGCCAAUUUACUACCUAAUGAGAACAGAAACGAGUGUAAUGAAAAUGACGAUAUCACUUUAAGUGAUGAAACUUAUAUAAUACUAGAAUGCGAAUGUUAA